AGCAAGUUAGUAAAGACAUUACUGUGAAAAAAGUUCGAGUAGUGCUUUGUAGACCAUACUAAACUAAGAAACUAAGUAGAUGCCAGAGCCAGUUGGAAUCGCGCUCGUCUAACGUUAGUGAAGCGCUUCGUAAAGCUAAAGCAAAUACUAUCUCAACUUUUUCUUUUUCGUUUCAAAUCCGCUAUCAAAAAGACCGUGACUGUUUGUAACUGAAACUGUAGGAUUAUAGAGACCCGUACAAACGAGAUAUCUUUUUUUCGGUAUUUGUUUCUGUAUGAUUUUUGUAACAGAGAAGCUGAACAAGUACAAGCAAAAGAAUGAGAAAGGUUUCCUCGCGUCACGGCGAAAGCCCGAUGUCGCUGCUUUCCAGAUCAAAAAUCGGCGGCCUUGUACUUCUCGUCUUUCAGCUGCAGGCUGGUUUGAAAGAAGUUCGAUGUUCGCUGAUGCAGACCACGACACCGGUCGACAGCAAGCAGACCACGACACCGGUCGACAGCACGACACUGGUCGACUGUAAUGGAUAUUACCGCCCUGUCGGCGGGCACCCGCCAAAUCAGCUGCCUUCCAGCAGACACAACUACUUUCCCUCUACAACGUUAAAACCGAAGACAAAACAGAUCUCCGCUCGUGCGCAUGCGGCCAGCAACCAACCAGAACAGACCUCCGCUUGUACUGCUGAACAAGACUUGCCCGAAGCGGGGUCGGGCAGAACGGUGAUGCCGCCGGACUUACUUUCGCAUUACGGAAAUCAUUUGAUAGCUGACGGUGCUGCAGCUGGAUCUGGUGUCGGGGUUGCAGCUGCAUCUGCUGAGGAAGGUGCACCUGACGGGGCCCCAACGUCGCCGGCGGCGGAAACUUCUUUUAGAAUAGACACUUCGGAUGAGGAAGUCGACGGUGACGAUUCGUCGAACGCGAGUCGAGACCAACAUUUGAAACCCUCCGGUAUCGGAGAUGAAUACGAGGAGGCUUUCGAGAUCUGCAACGAUCGUGCCCAGAAGGAGCAGAAAAGAAAAGCUUUUCUGAAUGGAGCCAAGCGAAUUUUGACGAAGACGGGGCCAUUUCUCACGCUGGCCUGCUUGUGGCACCAGGGAGUCGUGCAACAGAAGGCACACCAGGCACUCGCGUUCCUGGACCGACAGGCGGCAAUUCCCGGUUCCACGGCUUGGCAUGAGUUGCAGAGCAGGGAGAUGCGGAGAAAGCAGAAAGAGCAAGAAUUUUUUGCCGCCUAUGAGCAGAACUACACGGCUACCAUCGACAAGCUGAGUGCCACUGUCUUGCGCGCCGCGGAUGAGGCGGCUCUGCGUUCGGUGGAACACAUCACCACUCUGGACCAUGCGUACGAUACCACUGGCAGUGACGGUAUCGAUCUGAAUAAAGCACUGACUGUUCCGGACCAUAUCCGGGACGCUGUGACUGCCGACCAAGAAGUAGUCGCAAAGCUAGCGUCGCUGCGUGGCUUGCGGAAGGAUAACAUAAGGCAGCUUCGCGACCAAAGAACCUCUGCCCUUAUUCGGGAAGCCAAACACACGGCCGUCACGUUUGUAACUAUGCUGCAAUGGCUCCCGCGCACCGCAAACGGCGAUUUGCCGGCAGACCAGCACGAUAAGAUCAUGUCAAUGCUCGAUAGAUUCACAGACGGUGGGCUCGCACAAGAACUCAGGGAAACAUGGUUCACAGCGAAUGCAACGGGGUAUUCGUGGAGACAAAGAGAGAAAGAUCUGGGGGACGCGUGGGCAAAAACACUUUCGGAUUAUAAUCAACUUUGGUGGCCUAUUGGAGGUGAGGCAUCUCCGCUGGAGGCAGAAGCUUCAGUGGCCGGAGUUUCGGCCCCGGUCUCCUCCGACAAUUCGGACGCAGCUUGGACUCUAACGAGAAAAGCUCGGGACUCCUCAGCCACCCCGCCGGGCCGUUCCAACACGCAGCUGCGUCAACAGUGCUCGAGCUUCAUUGACAGGUGGCAGAAAAGAAUCAGGCAAGCCGCAGACGGUGCGAAACAUGUAAGGUUCACCAACAUGAAAAGUCCGAACCCUAGUUUGCAAGACUCCCAGAAGCGCAGGCUUCGGCCAGUAGUUUCACCUGGCGCAAUCAUUGCGACUGUGGUUGCUACCGCUUUCGCGGCAUGUCUGUAGAAUUAUCGAGCUGGUGCCUGCUGUGACUAGCUGCAGAGUUCCUUCCGCAGGUACCGAAAGAGGGCAGCGCUCCGACCACAUUCCCUAGAUUCACUUUAAAACUGUGGUUGAACUGGUUUGGUCACAUCUCAUAGCUUCUUGUUUCUGUUUCUGUUUCAGUAUUUACAUAAGAGCUGGGAAAUCAUUCUCACCCCGUCAGCAUGGUAAAUCAUUCAUUCGUUCUUUUUUUUUUACGUGGUAAACGGACAAACUCCUCAUUGGAUUGCAUGUUAACCUCAGCUGGCAUGUACGUAAUAAUCAGAGUAAUUAGGAAAAGAGACGUGAAGUUUUUCAAUCUCUUUUGUAAGAUAUCUACGCUCAUAAUCUGCUUGUAAACAACAUAAUCUGCUUGUAAAAUAUCGAAUGCACAUGUAUAAUCUGCAGGAAAGACAUAGAACAAAAUGAGUACGACAUAUUUUUAGAAGACCGAGAACCGUCAUAUUGAAUCAAGCAGCAGCACAGGUCAAAGAC